AGGCGCUUUCCCUCCAUCGACAGAGUGCACAAUCAGAUCCGAAGGAGAUGAUCACAGAGCCACUCUUGAGCAGCCCGAAGGGUGGCAUAAGAGCCUUGUUUUUCAUCAUAGCAAAUGAGGCACUGGAGAGGCUAGCAAGUUUUGGGCUAUCAACAAAUAUGAUACUGUAUUUGACUAGAGAGUAUGGUAUGGAUGCAGCUAGCGGUGCCCAAAUACUCUUCCUCUACUCAGCUGCUGGGAAUUUCAUGCCAAUUAUUGGGGCUUUUCUUGCUGAUACAUAUGUGGGUCGAUACCCGAUGAUCGGCUUUGGAUGUAUUGCGAGCCUUCUGGGAAUGGUUCUAUUAUGGUUGACAACAAUAAUCCCUGGAGCAAGGGUGCCUUCUUGCGCCCAAUUCAGUACCAAUUGCAAUAACGACGCCACGACACCACAACUUUUGUUUCUAUAUUUUUGCUUAGGCCUCAUGUCUAUUGGAGCUGGUGGCAUAAGAUCAUGCUCUCUGGCCUUUGGUGCUGAUCAAUUGAGCAAGAGGGACAGCCUUAAACAUGCUGGAAUAUUAGAGAGCUUCUUCAGCUGGUACUAUGUUACAUCCUCAGCUUCUGUAUUUAUUUCUAUGACUUGUGUGGUUUACAUUCAAGAGGCCAUGGGCUGGAAGGUGGGUUUCGGAGUUCCUGUGGUUCUCAUGUUCCUGUCAACUCUUUCGUUCUUCUUGGCUUCGCCCAUUUAUGUCAAGCCAAAGGCUAAGGCAAGCUGGCUCAUCGGAUUUGCUCGAGUUCUCGUGGCCUCCUUUAGAAAGAGGAGGAUUGAAUUAUCUUCACUAGACACGGAUGAGCUGUAUCAUCAUAGGAAGGGAUCUGCACUUGUCGUGCCAAGUGAAAGAAUAAGGUAUCUAAACAGAGCUUGUGUUAUUAAGAAUCCUGAAGAAGACUUGAUGCCAGAUGGAAGAGCUUCAGAUCCAUGGACUCUUUGUACAGUAGAUCAAGUAGAAGAGCUAAAAGCACUAAUAAAGGUAAUCCCGAUAUGGUCGACAGGGGUGUUGGUGUCUGUAAAUGUCUGUCAAAACUCUUUCUUAUUACUCCAGGCAUCCACUAUGAACCGACAUAUCACUUCGAAAUUUGAAAUUCCUGCUGGAUCAUUCUAUGCAUUUCUGUUGCUCUCCGCAACAAUGUGGAUUGCUCUCUACGAUCGCGUAAUCAUCCCUCUAGCAUCAAAAAUCACGGGAAAACCAACACGUCUCGGCUUGAAACAGAAAAUAGGAAUUGGGAUUCUGGUCUCGGCUGCUUCCAUGGCAGUACUGGCAAUUAUAGAGAGGGUGCGACGAGAAAUUGCAAUCAGGGAAGGAAUUUCAGAUAUUCCUGACGCGGUUACGCACAUGUCUGCAAUGUGGUUAUUGCCAUUUUAUUUCUUACUUGGAUUUUCUGAGGCUAUGAAUGGUGUUGGACUGAAUGAGUUCUUCUACACUGAAUUGCCUAAAAGCAUGUCUAGCGUGGCCUCGAAUCUUUUUAGUAUUGGACUGUCUGCUGCAAGCUUGGUGGCCAGUUUUAUAGUAAGUAAUGUUCGUGGGUAUAUUAGUGAAGCAAAUCAAGAGAGUUGGGUUUCAAGCAACAUCAACAAAGGACAUUAUGAUUACUAUUACUGGCUGCUUUCUAGUUUGGGUUUUGCUAACUUCAUUUAUUAUCUUGCUUGUAGCAAGGCUUAUGGUCCUUGUAAGGGGGGACAAAGUGGCAUUACUGGAGAUGUUGGUGAAGGAUUGAUUGAUGAUAAUGAUUAUGAUGAUGAUGCAGUUUAAGUUAACGUUCAUGUUCUUUGUAUGCUCGUGCUUACCAUAUACAUUAGGAUGUGUUAGUGAGAGAACUAUGAGGUUAUUAAUUGCUUCAUAUAGACCUUGAAAGAUGGUUUUAGAAAUUUUCAAGAUAGUAUCUUCAAUUUUCACUUUUCACAAUUUACUGGUAUUUUAUUUGUAAGCAAGAAAGAAUGUAUUAUAUGGGUACAGUAGGCGUACCAUCAAUA